AUGGCAGUGGCGGCGGCGGCGGGGGUGCGCCAGCAGACGAGGCCCUGGUGGGCUCCGGUGAUCUGGCGGAUGCCGUGGCUGCCGCUGUUGCUGGCGGCGGCCGGGUUGGUGCGGGCGGCGCCCCACGUGCCGCUGGUGCUGUGGUCCAGCGAUGGCGCCCGCUGGGCCCCCGCAGCCCGCACGCACGAGGGCCACGUCGCCAGCCGCACCCAGCUGCCCGCCUUCCUGGCCCCGGCCCUGGAGCAGGGGCCCCGCACCGUGCUGCUGCUCCUGCGGGACCAGCUGAGCCUGGAGGACUUCACGGCUCACGGGGACGCGUUCGUCCAUCUGCAGCGGGCCUUGGCGCUCGCCCCGGCCUCCCUGGUCCUCCCCGCGGUUGAGUGCUCCGCCGUCAGCGCGCUCACCGCCCACCUGCGGGACAAGCUGGGGGCCAGGCCCCUGCCCCCGGACCCGGACGCCCUCCGGGGGCUGAAGCGCGAUGCCAGCCGCCCUGCCCUGCUGCUCCUCCGCCUGCCCCGGCCGGCCGGCGCCCGUCCCCUGGCGCCCAGGGACGUCCUCAGGCGCAGUGAUGAGGCCAUCGGGCGGGUGCUGGCCGCGCUCCGAUCUGAAGAUGUCCCUUACACCGCCGUCCUCACCGCAGUCCGCCCCUCCGGGGUGACCCCCGACGGAGCCGUGCUGGCUGGUGGCUUCGGGCGCCAGCUGCUUCAGACGCAGCCUGCGGAGCCGGUGGUGAUCCAUCCUCCGGUGACUUUCAACGACACGGUCCCGCGCAUCCUGUUCUGGGCCCAGAACUUCUCUGUGGCCUACAAGGACCAUUGGGAAGACCUGACCGCGUUCACCUUUGGGGUGCAGAAGCUCAACCUGACGGGCUCCUUCUGGAAUGCCUCCAUUGCUGGUCUCUCCCUGACCUACCCACAGCUCUUCGGUACCACGGUGACAUUCAAGUUCAUCCUGACCAACCGCUUCUACCCAGUGUCUGCCCGCCGCUGGUUUGCCAUGGAGCGCCUGGAAAUCCACACCAACGACUCUGCCACCCACUUCAACGCUUCCCAGGUCACAGGGCCCAGCCUCUACUCUUUCCAUUGUGGCUAUGUCAGCAGUCUCCGGAAGUAUGGCAGCCUCCUGGUGGCGGCCAAGGAGCCCUCCCUCUGGCAGGUGACUCUGAAGGACUUCCAGAUCCAGGCUUUUAAUGUGACAGGCCAACGGUUCUCCUAUGCCAGCGACUGUGCCGGCUUCUUCUCCCCGGCGAUCUGGAUGGGGCUGCUCACCUCUCUCAUCAUGGUGCUCAUCUUUACCUACGGCCUGCACAUGAUACUCAUCCUCAAGACCAUGGAUCGCUUUGAUGAUCAUAAAGGCCUGGCUAUCUCUUUGACCCAAAUUGUAUGAGCUGUGGCCCUGAGGGU